AUGGAGCCAGAAGAAGCUGGCCAUCCAGGGAGCUCCGCUGUGUUCACUCAACAACCGUCAGACCUGGUUGUGGUCGCAGGACUGCCGGUCACCCUCCCCUGCUCCAUUCCUGCUACCAUGGCAUGGUGCUCUGGCUGCGAGAUGGCAUGGCCCUCGGCGUAAACAGGGAUGUCUCAGGUUACCCACGGUAUGAUAUUGUGGGAGACCACAGCAGAGGAGAAUAUCACCUCUUGAUCCAGAGAACAGAGAUUCAAGAUGACGCCUUCUUCGAGUGCCAGGCGAUCCAGGCAGCCAUCAGAUCACGACCUGCCCGCCUCACUGUGCUGGUUCCUCCUGAUUACCCAGUGAUAGUCGGGGCUCCAGUGGUACGUUUACGGGCAGGUGAGCACCUCAACCUCACUUGUCACGCAGACAACGCCAAGCCGGCUGCAUCCAUCAUCUGGAUUCGAAACGGCCUUGUCCUGAAUGGAGCCGUGUACUCUAAGACCUUGUUACAGGAUGGUAAGAGGGAGAGCACAGUCAGCACACUUUACCUGUCUCCAAGUGACGUCGAGUCAGGCCAGCAGAUCACCUGCCGAGCCUCAAACAAAGCAGCCCCGAACGGAAAAGAUUCCACUGUCACGAUCGACAUUCAGCACCUUCCCGUUGUCAAUCUCACCGUUGAGCCGCAGCCUGUUUUGGAGGGAAACCUGGUUAAAUUCCACUGCGCUGCCAAAGCCAACCCACCUGUCAUCUACAAAAGAUGGGCUAAAGGAGGAAAUGUGAUUCCAGACAUGUCAGGUGACACCUAUGAGGUUCUUGUGGAUCAUUCCUUUUUCACUGAGCCUGUUUCCUGUGAGGUAACCAAUGCGCUGGGUAACACCAACAUCAGCAGGAACGUGGAUGUCUACUUUGGACCCAGAAUGGAGGCGGAGCCUCAGUCUCUGCAGGUAGACCUGGGAUCUGAUGCAGUUUUUAACUGUGCUUGGACUGGAAACCCUUCCCUCACCAUAGUAUGGAUGAAACGUGGCUCUGGAGUGGUGCUUAGCAACAAAAACACUCUACAUUUGAAAGCAGUGAAGCAGGAGGAUGCUGGAAAGUAUGUGUGCCGAGCUGUCGUUCCCAGAGUUGGGGCCGGCGAGAAGGAGGUGUCACUUACUGUGAAUGGUCCUCCUGCCAUCUCCAGCACCCAGACACAGCAAGCCCUCGAUGGAGAGAAGGGUCAGAUCAAGUGCUUCAUCCGCAGUACCCCUCCCCCUGACCGCAUCGCCUGGUCCUGGAAGGAGACCAUUUUGGAGUCUGGGACAGCAGGUCGCUACACGGUGGAAACUGUGAGGACAGAGGAGGGAGUGAUCUCCACUCUGUCCAUCAGUAACAUCGUCUCUGCAGAUUUUCAAACCAUCUACAACUGCACGGCGUGGAACAGCUUUGGCUCUGACACUGAGAUCAUACGACUCAAAGAAGAAGAGACUCUUGGUCUGGCUGUCAUCGUUGGCGUGGCAGUGGGAGCUUUCCUCGCCCUCUCCAUCCUUUUGGGGGCAUUGGGGGCUUUCUGCUUUACCAGAUUCCAGAGAAAGGAUGUCCAUCUGGUCAUGUCUUCUCUUACUGUGUCCCUGUCCCACCAGAGAGACGUGAAGACAGAGAGAGCAGGGUUUGCAAAAAGUGACAUUUGUGUGGAGAUUGUCCCUGAAGACCACAGUGAAGCCGGGGAUAGCGAGGAGCAUACAAGCAUGAAGCAGAUAAUGAUUGACGGUGGUGAGUUCCAGAGGGAGCCUGUGCUGGAGCAGCUGGAAGUUCUCCAAGAGGAAAAGGAGUUCGAGCACAUUACGGACCCCACCAAUGGCUACUACAGUGUCAACACCUUUGAUGACCACAACGCCACCCCCAAAAUUUCCAUGGCCCCCAGCCGGACACCUGACGUGGUUAGAAGCCCACUCCAAGGAACUAUGGCCAACAGCGAACCACGGGUACCCACCGGCAUGUCUUUCACCAACAUCUACAACACCCUGGGUGCCGGUCCCAGUUGCCUGUUUGACUACAGCCAACGCUUCAUGCUGGGCAUGGGCAGCAGCUCCAUUGAACUGUGUGAGCGUGACUUUCAGCGGAGUUCACUCAGCGACUCCAGCUCCUUCAUCGACAUGCAGUGUGACAGCAGCGUCAGCAGCUACAGCAAACAGGAUGGCUUCGUACAGUUCGACAAAGACAGCAAGACCUCAGCCUCAUCCUACUCCCAUAAUUCUCAGUCUUCUUCCCAGAACUCAGACCUCCCAAGACCUCUGCAGAAACGAAUGCAGACACACGUCUAAUAGAAUAUGAAGAUUUGACUGGGAUGAAAACAACGGAUCCAAAGACACAUUUACCUAUACAAAUAAGACGUCUUUCAGUGCUUCACUGGAGUUCAGACUGAAGGACAGAAUAUAGUUUGCAGAUCAUAACUGUUAAAGAUACACAUCCUCAUGAAUCUACAGGGAUGAAGGGUCUCAAACUUUUGAUCUUUAAAAAAAUGUCUAGUCAAAUCAUGUCAAGCAUUUGUCUGCUUACAUAAUUUUUUUCACUUUGCAGACAGUCUUGACAUUUGCAAAAAAAAAGCACAAUGCUUAGCAGUGGUUAGCAAAAAAAAUUAAAAGGAAAACCUUUUUUUAUGAAUAGGAAAAUGUUUGAUUUUCUGUGUUCCUCUUCUUCUUCUCUACGGAUAUGUUCAAAUCAGAAAACAUCUUUUUUUCUUGGCACUUGAAGGGUAAAAAAGAUCUUAAGUGGCUCUGUUCGAUGUUCUCAUUCCUGUAGUUCAUUUACGACAACACCACCGUGACCUUUAUGCAAGCUGAUUUAGACUUGGACGUCUUUUUUGUAAAAUACACUGUACAUUGUUUGGUUUUUGAUGGUUGUCAUUUUUCAGACAUUGUUAGACUUUCAUCCACACUUCAGUGUAAAUUGUUCCUCAUAUGCUGAUGACAGACUGCAUGUAGUGUCAUCUUGCACAAAACACCCACAAAGAAAUUUGGGUACUUUGGUUCAGUCACUUGAUCCUUAUAAUGUUAAGAAGUGUAACAUCAGCUGUCUUUUCCCUUUUAAAGUAAGACAUUUGCAGCUUGUGUUUGUACUGUAAUUCAAGGUUUUCAUUUUUAUGUUUGGCUGAUGUUGUGUUGUUUACAUUUGUAAAAGUCAGUGUUUGUGAUUUGUAUUUUGAAUGCUGAAUGAAAAGGGUUUUAGAAAACG